AUGAAUGUGGACACUCGGGAUAUCAAUAUUGUAUUAGAUAAGGAAACUAAAGAGGUAAAGAAAGAUGAAGCUACAAAUGAUGUGAUCUCUAACUCAUUGGUGAACAUUGUUGACUCUCAGAUUAACACUGAAAUACCAGUAGAAGCAAAAGAAGAAGCAAAAAAGGGACAUGAACAAAAUAUAUCUGAACCAACAGAUAGUAAGACAGAAAGUAAGAAGGAAAGUAAGGUUGAAAAUAAGAAUGAAGAUAAGAAUGAAGAUAAGAAGGAAGAAAAAGUGGAUAAAGAAGAGGUUAAGGAUGGAAGCAAGGAAGAAAAAGUGGUUAAGAUAGCUGUGCAGACAUCUAGAGAACAAAAGAAACCAAUUGGAGAAGCAAGCACUCCGCCUAGAACCUCUACUAUGGAUUAUAGACCAACAAAUGUUACAGAUGUGAAGUAG